UGAUGAGGGAUUGGACUCAAAUCGAUCAAGCCCAUUGAUACAUACUCAAUGGCUUCUCGUUCCCACAAGGUCGUCUUUGGUGUGGUCCUUCUUGUGGCGAUUGCUUUGGGGAUAUGCUCGGCCUCUAGGGCACUCUUUUCGGUCGAGGCUGAUGCUCAUGCCUUGGUGGGUGUUGGUGGUUAUGGAGGUGGAGGAGGUUCUGGUGGCGGCGGUGGCUAUGCCGAGGUAGUAGGGCAUGGAAUUGAAGGGUAUGCUGGUGGAAGUGGCAGUGGAGAAGGGAGUGGGGCGGGUUUUGGAGGAGCUGGCAGAGGACAUGGUGGAGGUGGUGGUGGUGGAAGUGGUGGUGGAGCCGCCUAUGGUGCUGGCAGUGAGCAUGGUGCCGGAUACGGGGGUGGGGAAGGUGGGGGUGCUGGAUAUGGUGGUGGUGGUGCAGGGUAUACCGGUGGUGGUAGCGGUGGUGGAGGCGGCAGUGGUGGUGGUGGUGGUGGAGGAUCCGGUGCUGGAGGUGCUGGUUAUGGUGGUGGCGAGGGAGGCGGGUCUGGUAGUGGGUACGGUGCCGGAGGAGCUGGAGGUGGUGGCGGCGGCGGCGGAGGGAGUGGUGGGGGUGGUGGAGGAGGUUAUGCUGGAGGAGCACAUGGAGGUGGGUAUGGCAGUGGCGGAGGAGCCGGUUCAGGUUCUGGGGGUGGUGCUGGAGGCCAUGGUGGAGGAGGCGGUAGUGGCUCUGGAGGUGGUGGCGGAGGAGGUUCAGCUGGAGGUGGUGCUGGGGGCGGGGAAGGUGGUGGCCAUGGCGGCGGCUACUAAUCUUAUUUUGAUGAUUAACACUUUGCUUCCUAAAGUGGAAACAAAGUGCACCUUCAUCCCCUCCAUCAACUUAUUAUCCUAAACAAAAAUAAGAUUAAUUCAUCGUGUCAUGGAGACGAGAUCCGUUUAAUUAGCUCUAUCACCUACUUGCAUGAAUUUGGCAUAAAUUUAAUUAUAAUAUCCAAUCAAAAGUGCAGUAACAUCUAAAAUGGGAAUGGAGGGACAUUAAGUUUGUAUUGCACGUACGGCUUUACGAUAUAUAUGAUAUAAUAUAUGGUGCAAUUUGUGUCUAA